AUGUUCUCGAUCGUUUGCAAAAAGUCAUAUGUAUCCUCCGUCGUUUACUUUCAUGAGCAUUUUGCUAGUUUGUGUAAUGCUCCAUACUUGUUGUUGACGAUGGCACCUUGCUCUGAUGAUGUGCGUCUGAUGACGGGCGAAAGCUUAGCACCUUUUCACCGGAAUCGAAGGAGGUUAACUCGGGAACAGCGCCAGUAUGAAUCUUCCAGUAAAGUCAAUCGUCAGCUGGUCAAGAGGGAUCCGCCGUUGUCUUCUGGUGGAACAGACCUUCAAAUCUCUUCACCCAACACUUUCACUCGAAAUGGAAGCAAGCUUAACAAUUAUGAAGCAAGGAAUUCCUCUAAACCCAACUUUUCUUCCUUCCUUAUGAUACUUUCCAUUUUCUUCGUGUACUGUUUCCUGUCCAUUACAACCAUCGCUCCUCCUUUAUCCGCUUGA